AUGGCGGCAAUCCAGGCGGCGACCCCUCCGACGACGGUGAUGACAAUCAUCGCGGACGAGGUAAUGAUGACCGUCGAGACCGUCCUCCUCACCUACCUCCAGAUAAUGGCCGACAACCUACAAGUGGCUCUGGUGGUGACGGCGGAGGCGGAGGCGGGGGAGGAGGCGGGGGAGGAGGCGGAGGAGGCCCAGAAGACUCCUAUAACUCAGGGGGCGGAGGGGGCGGAGGAGAUCCACCAGGAGGAGGUGGAAACCCUCCUGGGGAUGAUCCCUCUGAUGACAAUGGAGAUAACGAUGACAAUCCCAGGAAUAUCGGGCGUCGUAAUUGGCAGCGAGCAGCUACUCCCGCGCACGAAUACGAAGACGAACUCGUAG